GGCUGCCUUGAAGGGCCCUAGAGGCGAGUGGAGGCAGCUGAGAGUUUGGAGGCGGCUGCGGCGCUAGGAUGAACGCCCCUCCUGCUUUCGAGUCGUUCUUGUUGUUCGAAGGCGAGAAGAAGAUCACCAUUAACAAGGACACCAAGGUACCCAAUGCCUGUUUGUUCACCAUCAACAAAGAAGAUCAUACACUAGGAAACAUUAUUAAAUCACAGCUGCUGAAGGACCCACAGGUGCUGUUUGCUGGCUACAAAGUCCCCCACCCCUUGGAGCACAAGAUCAUCAUCCGUGUGCAAACCACACCAGACUACAGCCCCCAGGAGGCCUUCACCAAUGCCAUCACAGACCUCAUUAGCGAACUCUCCCUGCUGGAAGAGCGAUUCCGGGUGGCCAUCAAAGAUAAGCAAGAAGGAAUUGAAUAGUGGGCUGGAAGCAUUCUUGUUCCAGUUCCUACCCUGCAGUGGGCCCUUGUCCAGGCACCAAAAGGAAAAGAACAGCUUCUCCCAGCCAUGGGCCUCCUUGGAAAUAUCCCAGAGAGCCCCUCACCCCCGACACCGAUGUGUCCUGUACUACAUCGAUUCUGUUUCAUCUUCCUAAUAAAGUAUGGCAGGAAAAGAC